GGUAACUUUACCAGCCUCAGGAACCUGGUUAUUGCUGCAAUAGGAUUGAAAUUCACAAGAUCACCCCUCAGGGAAUUGAGCUCAUGAGAAAUGUACCUAUCAACGGGCGCAUAGUUUCUCUGCAUCCGUUUCGUCUUCUUGACGACUGCUGGAUGUUCUGUUCAUCGUAACGGAAAGACACAAAGUUUGUGUCCUUCAAUGGGAUGUGAGCUCAAAUGAGCUGAUUACACGAAAUGCUUCUAUGGAUAUUGACGCUUGUACAUCUAAACAUCCGUGGGCUGAUCAGAUUUGCACAAUUGAUCCGGACUAUAGAGUAAUUGGUGUCUAUAUGGUUACGAGCUGGCAUAAGGUGGCUAAACGGGGCUUAUGUGCUUUUCCACUUGACAACUUUGGAGAGCUUGAGAAACCUUUUGUCCCAAGGAUGUGUAACUUGCUGGUCAAGGACGUCAAAUUUCUUUAUGGGUGUGACGUGCCCACAGUAGCCGUCCUUUGUGAGGACGCCGAAGGUGCUCAUGCCAAAACGUAUUACGUCUCCCAAACUGGUAGUGUUCCUGUUACGGGUCCAUGGACACGUGACAAUAUCGACCAAAGUGCUGGCCUACUGAUUGCUCUACCCACACCCCUCUGUGGCGUCCUUAUAGUUGGAGAAGAACUAAUCGUUUACUGUAGUGCGAACACAUAUAAAGAAAGACCAAAACCAUGUUUCACAGCAAAAUCAUUUGGAACUGGAUGGGUUUAGGUUUCUUCUAGGUGAUGAUGAAGGACGGCUUCAUCUGGUUGCUGUCUCACAUGAGAAUCAAAGGGUCACUGAUCUCAGAGUUGAGCUUCUGGGUGAAACAUCAAUUGCUUCGACCAUUUCGUACCUUGGAAAUUCUCUAGUUUUUGUAGGCUCAAGCUGUAGUGACUCUCAG